AGAGCUGUCAGCCACCACCCCAGGGUGGGUUGUAGUCCUGUGUCACCCUCUGUCACAGGCUGCUGGCUGCGGACUGGCUUUGCUCAUGGCUUGCUCUCUGUCUCGCCCAGGCAGGCCAGCUCAGCUCUGCUGCGGGGACGCCGCCAGCGAUGUGUGAAUGGCCUCAGAGCGCUGCUCGGAGCCUGCCGACCCCAUGAUUUUCAACAAGCUACCUCAUCCAGAGCCCGCCACCGCCUUCCUGCCCAGCAAAAUCCCUGCCACGUCCAGCCCUGCGCCCCAGCCUGAAAACCAUUUCAGCUACAAGGGCUCCUACUUUGCCUGCCCGCUGCAGAGCCCCGAGGGUCCCGAGCAGCCCCUGGCCGGCUGGAGCCCCGCGCCCGCCUACCUGCACCACAGCCCCAGUGCCCUGGGCCAGCCUGGGCCAGCUGAGGAGCCGCUGCUGGCCUUCCUGGUGCACCCGGCAGAGAGCCCAGGUGCUGGGCUGCAGCCCCCAGACUCCCAGAACAGCAAGGACAGGCUGAGCCAGAAGCAGCUGAUGCCCAGGAGGAAGCUGGACAGAGCCAGGUGCCCGCUGCCGGUGAAGAAGCCGCUGCUGGUGAAGAAGGCAGCCCCUCUGGCAGUCCCCACGCCGGUGUACAGAGCCCCUGCCUCCUUCCUGGCUCCCAGGAUGUCUCUGCUCCUGGGAACGCAGGCACAGAGCCUGCAGCAGCGGCCAGGGGUGGCAAACUGGACCCUGCCCCCUGCCACCCACCCUCUGCACCCCAGCGAGCCCCACACGACCGGCCCCUGCUCCGACCACGGCCUCACGCUGCUGCCGCCCAGCCUGGCCCUGCCUUCCAAGGAGCAGCUGGGCUCCCCCAUCGCCUUACCCCACUGCUGUGUCACCUUUGAUAAGUACGGGCCACCCCCCAGCAGCCCCUUCCUGGAAGCAAGUUGUCCCACUGCCCAGAGCCAGAAGAAGGUGCCAGAGCUCCCCGGCCUCAGCCUGGACCCCUGGCCCAAGCUCCAGGCACCAGACGCCAGCCCAGUGAGCAGGGAGAGGCCAGCAAUGUGCUACCCACCCCCUCCCUACCCGCUGUCACCUCACAGAGCUGGGCCCCUCUACCACCCCCCAGCUCCCACUGUGGGGGAGCCCAGUGCCCUGCCCACCUUUGGCUACGUGGGAAGCAGGGAGCCCUUUGCCAGCACCUACCUCAAGCCCCAAGCGCCCAGGAGUUACUUUCCCAGCCCCUUGGAGCCCUACGUGCAGAGCCCGGCGGGUGCCAGGCUGGGGGUGGUGCUGAGGGAUGCUGUGCCCCCCAGGGAUGCUGAGCUGCCCAGGAGCGUGGGGUACCCAGGGUUUGCCCUCAGCCCGGGCGAUGCAGCCGUGUUCCACGGCUCCUUUCCCAGCACAGAGCCGGGCUCUGAGCAGCACGGGGCGGACAGCCCGCGGUGGAGAGCAGCACCGAGGCACAGCAGCGCUUUCCAACCUGUCUGCACCGCAGAGAAGCUGUCUGGGAGCUCCAGUGGGCUCGCUGAGACAUUUCCCGAGAGAGGAGGCAGCUGGGAGAAACUCGGGCAAGGGGAGGAGGAGCCCCCGUACCCAGAGAGGAGGAGCAGCAGCCCAGCCCCUCAGGACUUCCCCCGUGGGGGAGCAGGGGAAGGAAAUGCCUGUGAGGUCAAGGAUCCAGCCCAGGAGCUCGUCCGCCCUUCUCCAUCCGUGACCCCCACCAGGAGGCUGGAAGAGCUGAGGGACACCAAGGCUUUGUCAUCCUCCCCUCCCAUGCCUGUGAUCCACAACGUCUUCAGCCUGGCUCCUUACCAGGAGUACCUGCAGAGGGCCAAGGAAUCGAACACCCUCCUGUUCUGCAGGAAGCAUCUGUGGGAGCACUCCUCACCCCAAAACACGGGUGGCAGCCAGGAGCCUGCUGCCCCCAGAGAUGUCUCAGUGGUGUCCAGCCUGAGGUCGGGCAGUGGUGCAGUGCAGAGCCAAGGGGAAAGCUGUUACCCGAGCGACCCUAAAAAGCCAAAGCCGGAGCCCCAAGAGCUGGAGUCUCAGGGGGACAGCCCUGACGGGGUGGACACUGAGGAGCUGCCCCCUGAGGAGAUGGCGCUGGACCUUAGCUUCAAGACGGGACUGGUGGAAGCUGGGGACACCCAGAGACCCACUGAGUGUGUGCAGGCGACAAUGAAGGGAGAAGAUAAGGAGGAGAAGGAAGCUGCAGGAGGGAGGGAGGGGUUGGGAGAGGGUGCACAGCCCCCGAUGCCUGAGGCAGACUCUGGGGGCAGGAGCAACUUCCAGAGCUCAAUCAGCUUCAUGUUCCAAAAAUACAAGCUCCUGCCCUCCCUCCUGCCCAGCACUGAGCCCCCCCAGCAGGAUGGCAGCCCCAAAGCCCCCCAGCCCACCCCGUUGCCACCGCCUGGCCCCCAGCUCAGCAUCAUCAUUGGCCCAAACCUUCCCCAGACCCUGCUUCUCAAAGCCCCCCCCACCCCCGUGGCAGAGAGGGUCUCGGUGGUCAAGCAGGUGGGUGGUGUCCCCACCCAGACGCCCUCGCAGUGUUUCACCACCCUGCACACCUCGCUGUGUGACACAAUUUCGGGCUCGGUGUCCCGCUCCUCCCCAGAGCUCCUGCGACAGUGGCUGGAGAAGGCUGAGCCGGCAGAAGAGCUGGGAGAGAUGCCCAAAUCCCUGCCCAAGCCCAAAAAUGGCUCCAAGGCUCCCAAUCCUCACAAACCCAGCAAUGGCAGGGAAAUCUGGCUGGCUUUCCAGGACGUGGCUGGGCUCCUCACCAAACUGCUCUGCCAGCUGGAGAACUUCAAGUCCUCUUGCCCUUUCCCCUACGUCGUCCGGGCGGGAGCCAUCUUCAUCCCCAUCCACGUGGUGAAGGAGAAGCUCUUCCCAAAGCUGCCCGGGAGCUUCGUGGACCAAGUGCUGCAGAAGCACAAGGUGGAGCUUCGUCCCACCACCCUCUCAGAGGAGAAGCACCUGAGGGACCUGGAGCUGAAGAGCUGCACCUCCCGCAUGCUGAAGCUCCUGGCGCUCAAGCAGCUUCGUGAAAUCUACCCCGACCUGCUCAACCUCCACUGGCACAGCUCCAUCCAGCAGCAGCUCGCUUCCAGCUCAGAGACUGGCCAGCAGCCUUCCAAUCAACUCACAACAUAACCUAGCAAGCUGACAGCUUGUUGGAAGCAGAAGAUUGUCAAUGGUAAGACAAUCUGCCCAUCACACUACUCAAACUCCAAGACUCAAAUAUUUGGAAGACAUCAGUGGUGGAAAUCCGUGUGUUUUUUAACUGAAAUAAUUUUAAGUUGAAUUGUGUAUUGUUUGUAGUGUUAAGUUGUAAAAUUGUAACUUCUAAGAAGUGAGCCUGCAGCAUGUCAUCUUAAAAACUUGCUCCUGAAUAUGAAUAUUACAACUCCAAUGUUACAAAAGAUACAUCACUGCCUGAGAAAAGCUAGGCUCAUCAAGUUAAGUGGAAAGUCUUAUUCAGACUAAAUUUAUUAUGUAAAUCAUCAUAUUGUCUUUGUCUGCAAAGGAAAACAAAAAACAAUUUACAUUUGUUAAUACAAGAAAAUGGGGAAUUGUCACAGCACAGCUAGUCUGUGUCAAUAAUUUGGCCAUAAGUAAGAAAUGCAGUCCAGCUAGCCUGGUUCAAUAAACAGGGCCCUGGGUAAAUAAGAAUAGGCUGGAUUCAAACCUACAGAGGGACCCUCAGCCAAUCUCAUUCAGCCCUAAAUGUAGAUGGAGCUGGGCAGUGUUAAAACCUCAACUGAUCACAUGUGUAAGCCCAGGAGAUUUGAAGCCCUAUAAAAAGAGGCACUGAACAAUAAAGGAAGGUUUUUGUCACAAAGAUCUCUGAGAGUAAUGUAGUCUUUGUCUCCAAACAGUGACCCCACUGUAAUACGUGGGGAGCAUCCAGAGGUGCCUCAGCAUCCCCAUCCUACUGAGGGUUCUGUCCAGCUUUUCCUCUCUGGGUUGGGGACG